AUGGUGAUAACCAGCUACUUGUUAGUUUGAGUCCUUGCUUCAAAGUGCUGCUCUGUUCCUGUCCGUCCACACUGCACUGCGCUCUGUUGACACAGCCUGCCCGUCAGCCCUGCGCUGGAUGGUGUCAGUGCAACUGUAACUGGUGUGCAGCCAGCCUCAGCCAGACAAUAAGCCAGGUAUCUGCAGCAAGGCAGAAGCACACGCUCCCUGACCUGACCUACGAUUAUGGAGCCCUGGAGCCCCACAUCAGUGCAGAGAUAAUGCAGCUGCACCACAGCAAGCACCAUGCCACAUAUGUUAACAACCUCAAUGUUACAGAGGAGAAAUAUCAGGAAGCACUGGCAAAGGGGGAUGUGACGACACAGGUUGCCCUCCAGCCUGCUCUCAAGUUUAAUGGGGGAGGCCACAUUAACCACACUAUCUUCUGGACAAACCUCUCUCCAAAUGGUGGAGGCGAGCCACAGGGGGAGUUAAUGGAAGCCAUCAAGCGGGACUUUGGCUCCUUCCAGAAGAUGAAGGAGAAGAUGUCUGCAGCUACUGUAGCAGUGCAGGGCUCAGGCUGGGGCUGGCUGGGCUACGACAAGGAGAGUGGAAGACUGCGCAUCGCAGCUUGUGCUAACCAGGAUCCUCUGCAGGGGACAACAGGUCUCAUCCCUCUCCUCGGUAUUGAUGUAUGGGAGCAUGCUUACUAUCUUCAGUACAAAAAUGUGCGGCCAGACUAUGUUAAGGCUAUCUGGAAUGUAAUCAGCUGGGAGAACGUGACUGAGCGUCUUCAGAUUGCCAAAAAGUAGAAUCAAACCCUCAAACUUCUCCAUCAACUCAUUACCCUGACCUGGACCUGGAUCAAACAGUAGUUGCAAAUAAUUCCUAGUUUGACAUUGCAUCGAGUAUCAGUGUUGGUGGUCAGUUGCAUGGAAGCUGAUUAAACUAACACUUGAAAUAGUUUCUGUAUGCAUAUUAUAUUAUCUUUAUGGAAAACUUACACGAGUUGAAAAAAAUGUAAGAAAUUAUCUGCAAGUGCUUUUUUAAUCUCAGGUCUGUUCUGAACCACCAGACUUUUUUCAAAGCGCACAAUAAAAGCUACCUUCCACAUCAAGGCUGGCUUUUGUUAAUCACACCCAAAUACUGGCUGCCAUACUAGGUGUCAUAUAACCAGAGUGCAUAUUCAGUGAGCUGUGGAAUUGUCAGAAUAUGUCACACUAAAAUCAGACAAUGUUAUUGCAGUCCAUGUUUUUGAUGUAUAAUAAUAAAAUUAUAGGAUUUCGGUUGUACAA